CGUUUCAUUGUAGUAAAUUAUGCAAAUUACUCGAUGAUGUCAUGGUGACCACGCCCAUAGCCACGCCCCCACCGCCACAGGUAUCUUGGCAGUUUAUGGGAAACACUGUGGAAUGUCUUGCUUUAUCAAUGGGGGGUCAUACAUGCACGGUAUCCUGACACUCCAAUGAAGAAAAAAAUGUGUAAUUCGUUGCCUGCCAAAUGCAGCAGGCAAAGCCGCGCCGUUCAAGAAUCUGCAACCGCAAGGGGAACUGUAGAAGUGUGCGGUGCCCCGACCGGCUCUCAAACUUUCCAACAACCGGCUCCACAAAACAGGCACCUGACCAUGGUGCAGCACAGCCACAACCUACUGAAGUUCUUGAAUGAGGAUCGGACGCGGCAGAGGUUCUGUGACGUGACCGUGUCCGUGGGUGGGAAACUAUACGGUGCACACAAAGUGGUAUUGUCACACGGGAGCAGUUACUUCCACGCUGAGCUAUCCAAGAACCCUGCCAUGACCUAUGUGACUCUGGACCACGUGGAAGACUCGGUUUUCCAGCACCUGCUGGGCUUGUUGUACACUUCGGAGUGCGUCAUCGCGGAGGCAGAUAUCCGGGCUUUAACGGAAGCGGCCCGGUUCUUGGACAUGAUGGAUGUAUUGAAGUUGCUGUAUGAAGAAGAAGUUAACAUCCCUGUAAAUUUAAUCCGAGCUCACGCUGAAUCAAGACUAGUGACACCCACUCAUUCUCCAGAAGGUGAUGUUGACACUCAAAACGCAUGUAUUCAACAGUUUUGUACAGAAAACAACCCGCAGAACCCGAGUCAGACUGAUAGUCCGGUUCAAAGCAAAACAGAAAAGAUGUCUGCUGAUAAGGUGGCUGCCAUGCGGAGAUCCACUCGGAGGAGGAAAGCUCCUACUAAGUACGAGAAGGAUGACAUGGCGGACACCCCUGAGGAAGAGGAGCUAACAAGGGCGCAGGUUGAAGAAAGACUGGAUGAAGAAGCCGCAGCAGGAACCAACAUGCCGGCGAUCGAAACAAAAUCGUCUCAGGUAGAAGACUUAGUCGGUGAGCAGGAGGACGGGGAGGACGAAGGGGGCUUAAGUGAGGAGGUGGCGAUGCAGAGGAAAGCCACUGAGCCCUGUGGGGAAAGCGAGAGGACAGCCUCUGAGGUAGGAGUGAAAACGCCAGCAGCACGAAGUUCCAGCCAAAGUCCAGUGUACCCUGAAGGUCUGGCUCCUGUCAUCAUCCACACCGCCAGCAAGAAGACUCUCAUGUGCCCCAAAUGUGACAAGAGCUUCGACCGAGCAGGGAAGUACGAGAGUCACACCAGAGUGCACACGGGAGAGAAACCCUUCCAGUGUGACGUCUGUCUCCAGUGUUACUCCACCAAGUCCAACUUGACCGUUCACAAAAAGAAACACGCCAGCGACGCUCCCUUCCAAAAGAAAGAACACAAGUGUCCUUUUUGUAAUAAACUCCACGCCAGCAAGAAAACGCUGGCUAAGCACGUCAGGAGGUUCCACCCGGACCAUCUCCAAGAGUUUCUCAGCAAGAGGAAGAAGAAAAGUGAAGGCUGGAAGUGUGCUAUUUGUAUGAAGACUUUUUCCCGCAGGCCUCACUUGCAGGAACACAUGAUCCUGCACACACAAGACCGGCCAUUCAAAUGCUCUUUCUGUGACGAGUACUUCAAGUCCAGGUUUGCCAGGCUUAAACACCAUGAAAAGUUCCACUUAGGACCUUUUCCGUGUGAGUUCUGCGGCCGACAGUUCAACGACACCGGCAACAGAAAGAGGCACAUCGAAUGCACGCAUGAAGGGAAGCGAAAGUGGACAUGCUUUGUUUGUGGCAAAGCAGUAAGGGAAAGGACAACCUUGAAGGAGCACAUGCGCAUCCACAGCGGCGAGAAGCCUCACUUGUGUAGCAUCUGUGGACAGAGUUUCCGCCAUGGCAGCUCCUAUAGGCUUCACCUGAGAGUCCACCAUGAUGACAAGCGCUACGAGUGUGAUCAAUGCGGGAAGACUUUCAUACGCCAUGAUCACCUGACCAAACAUCAGAAAAUUCACUCUGGUGAAAAAGCUCAUCAGUGUGAAGAAUGUGGGAAGUGUUUCAGGCGCAACGACCACUUAACAGUCCACUACAAAAGCGUGCACUUGGGGGAGAAAGUGUGGCAGAAGUAUAAAACGGCCAUGCAUCAGUGUGAGGUUUGCAAGAAAGAAUUUAAAGGAAAGUCCAGUCUUGAAAUGCACUUCAGGACCCACUCAGGUGAGAAACCCUUCAGAUGUCCAGAGUGCCCCCAGACCUUCCGGAUCAAGAAGACCUUGACAAAGCACAUGGUCAUCCACUCUGACGACCGUCCUUUCAACUGCCAACACUGCAACGCCACCUUCAAAAGGAAAGACAAGCUCAAGUACCACGUGGACCACGUGCAUUGCAACCGCUCGCCCGAGCCGCCCCUCGGAACGCCCGGCCAGGACAAGAUGGGCCCGGAUCCUUUUAGCGCAGAGCCGAAGUCAACGGUGCAGUCCGGCGACGCACCUACCAACGUGUGCGCCCCUGUCACCUUAGUCCCCGUCCAGAUGGCAGGUGGCCAACUGGACGCUCACAGGACCGCCGCUCAGACGCACGGCAUCGACAGCAUGCAGCCUGAAGCGCAGCAGCAGCAGCAGAACUCUGCCUACCAGUCCGCCACAGAGCUGGCCUUUUUAGAGAAGUACACCAUCGCACCACAGUCCGCCAACAUUGUUCACCCCAUGAGGCCCGAUCAGAUGCUGGAUGCCCGAGAGCAGUCAUACUUAGGAACGCUGCUCGGUUUGGAGUCGACUUCCUCCAUGGAGGACGUUGUUAGAGUUACAAUUACUUAAACAAUAUUACCGUAUUGUCCAGGGAAAAAAAAAGCCGCACCCACUGCAUUUGACCAUAUGCUAAUUUUUUCCCAUACAAGUCGCAGUUAUAUACAUUGUGAAAUUAGUUAUUUACACAGAAAUAUUUUUAAAAUGUUUAUUUACACACCUUCAUUGUUUCCAAACAAUGUCUGUGACACGUAUACUUGCCAACCCUCCCGAUUAUCCCCGGUAGACUCCCGAAUUUCAGUGCCCGGGGGCAACAAUUCUCCUGAAUUUCUCCCGAUUUCCACCCGGACAACAAUAUUGGGGGCGUGCCUUAAAGGCACUGCCUUUAGCGUCCUCUACAACCUGUCGCCACGUCCGCUUUUCCUCCAUACAAACAGCGUGCCGGCCCAGUCACAUAAUAUAUGCGGCUUUUACACACACACAAGUAAAUGCAAGGCAUACUUGGUCAACAGCCAUACAGGUCACACUGAGGGUGUCCGCAUAAACAACUUUAACACUGUUACAAAUAUGCGCCACACUGUGAACCCACACCAAACAAGAAUGACAAACACAUUCCGGGAGAACAUUUGCACCGUAACACAACAUAAACACAACAUAAACACAACAGAACAAAUACCCAGAACCCCUUGCAGCACUAACUCUUCCGGGACGCUACAAUAUACACCCCCGCUACCACCAACCCCCCUCCCCCCCACCCCAUCUCCCGAAUUCAGAGGUCUCAAGGUUGGCAAGUAUGGUGACACGGCAGUAAAACGGCUGCUCAAACAAAACAGAAGUCAUCGUCAUGGACCCACUAGCUGCGUAAGCUAGCUCUCCAAUCAGCUAAACAGAGUCAAUAACUCCACGGUGACGUCUUGGUAAAUUUACUGAAAAAUGUGUGCAACUGAAACAAUACCAAAAGAAUGCCAUUGCAAUGAUAGCUAAUGUUAACGACGCUAGCUUGAUUACAUUACGAUAUGCAUGAAAAUUCUCUUACAGACAUCACACAUUGGACGAUUUAGUAAGUACCGUAUUUUUCGGAUUAUAAAUCGCUCCGGAGUAUAAGUCGCACCGGCCGAAAAUGCAUAAUAAAGAAGGAAAAAAACAUAGAUACAUUUUUUGUCAGUCCCUUACAAGUUUCUCGCUUACUCCAAACUUUCUUUUUCGAUUGCCGUUUUCUGCUGCAUAUUUCACUACUUCCAGCUGGUAACCUGCAGUAUAUGAUUUCCUUUUCGGUGCCACUUUUGUUCAGCCCUUCUCAGUUUUUAUAAGUUACCGCCAAUGUUGAAAUGAUCCAUUUUCACAGGUACGGAAGUAGCAGCAGGUAGCAUCUUUUUUUUUCACAAUGCACUUCUGCCAUGACCCGCCCCCGCCAAAUUUUUAUUGGUUGACGUGUGUGUGUGACGAUUGCUGAUAUACGCCUAGUCUCUUACGUGAAUGAGAUAAAUAAUAUUAUUCGAUAUUUUACGGUAAUGUGUUAAUAAUUUCACACAUAAGUCGCUCCUGACUAUAAGUCGCACCCCCCGACUUAUAUUUUUUUCACUAUGAAGAAAACUGUGAUUUAUAAUCCAAAAUAAUACGGUAUGAAUUGUUUUAGUUAUAUUGUAAAACUUACAACGUUGAUGAAUGAAGAAUCCACACGAGUAGAAACGCUAUGGACGAUGAGAAGACGGAACAACACUUCUACUUCCGGUUCAUAGCUUUAAACAGCAGGAAACACUUGUAGGCAUUCACCCAGCAGCACCCGCAGUGAGCAAACACAUCCAAAAAAAUGGCACCAUAGCACAAACAAUAACACAUGCAUGUUUUUAAUGAAACCUAUUCGCUUUAGCAAAGAAAAAUCCAUAAAUUAGCCACACUGUUUUAUAAGCCGCGGGGUUCAAAGUGUAGGGAAAAAAAGUAGCGACUUAUAGUCCGGAAUUUACCGUAUAGGUUAUCUAAAUGACAUUUAAGAUGCUUUAGUAUUCUUGCAAAAAGGGACAACAAUUAUUGUCAAAAGCAGCUUAUUUUUCGGAGUAUAAGUCGCACCGGCCGAAAAUGCAUAAUAAAGAAGGAAAAAAAAACAUAUAUAAGUCGCACCGGAGUAUAAGUCGCACCGGAGUAUAAGUCGCACUGGAGUAUAAGUCGCACUGGAGUAUAAGUC